AUGUGCAAUGGCACGAGACUUCUUAUAAAGGAGUUAAAAGAUAAUUUAAUAGUAGCGAAGAUUAUCACCGGCUCUGCAGCUGGUGAAUUAGCUCCUAUACCAAGAAUACCCAUGAUUCCUACUGAUUUGCCUAUACCCUUCAAAAGGCUCCAAUUUCCAGUGAAAAUUUCUUUCGCACUAACGAUAAACAAAUCCCAGGGCCAAAAAUUCAAAUUAGUAGGAAUUGAUUUACGAAAAGAAUGUUUUACGCAUGGGCAACUUUACGUUGCCCUAUCACGGGUCGGGGCUCCCGACCACCAGUAUAUUUUGUUACCUGAAAAUAAUUUAACGUCAAAUGUUGUUUAUAAAGAAGCUCUACAAUAA